UCCCAUCGACAGCCUGACCGCAGCGCACCUAAGCACGACGCGACACGAACACACGAAUCAUCCAAAUCGAGUUUUUUUGACUUCCUUUCUUCCGAAAACAGGGGAGGCAAGAUCUGCCACGACUCCAUUUUAACCGGUCGCCGCCUUCCUCCAUCCGACGCUGCCGCUGCCCUCUCUCUCCCUCUCUCUCUCGCCUCCCGCCGCAAGGUCGGUCGGUCUCUCGCCUCCGCCGCCCCAAUGGCUCCUGGGCUUUACACUGACAUCGGCAAGAAGACCAGAGAUCUGCUGUACAGAGACUACUGCACGCACCAGAAGUUCACCCUCACCACCUGCACCCCCGAGGGCGUCGCUAUCACAGCCGCAGGGACAAGGAAAAAUGAGUCCAUCUUUGGCGAGCUUCAGACCCAGAUCAAGAACAAGAACUUGACUGUUGAUGUCAAAGCAAACUCAGAGUCAGAUCUUCUGACAACAGUCACAGUUGAUGAGUUUGGAACUCCAGGGCUUAAAUCAAUUCUCAGCUUGGUUGUUCCAGACCAAAGGUCGGGGAAGCUUGAAUUCCAGUACCUACAUGAAUUUGCUGGCAUAAAUGCAAAUGUUGGGCUGAAUCCCAACCCUAUGGUUAAUCUUUCUGGUGUCUUUGGAAGCAAAGAACUUUCAGUUGGUGUUGAUGUCUCAUUUGACACAGCAACUAGCAAUUUCACCAAGUAUAAUGCAGCAUUAAGUCUCACAAAUCCGGAUCUUAUUGCUUCCCUUCAUCUGAACAAUCACGGUGAUACCUUGACUGCGUCUUACUACCACUUGGUAAAGCCUCAUUCAAGCACCGCUGUUGGAGCUGAGCUGUCCCACAGCUUCUCAAGGAACGAGAGCACACUGAUCUUUGGAUCGCAGCACUCAUUGGACCCUCACACCACUGUGAAGGCACGCUUCAACAACUAUGGCAUGGCCAGUGCCCUUGUCCAGCAUGAAUGGCGCCCCAAGUCGCUCGUCACCAUCUCCGGUGAGGUAGACACCAAGGCAAUUGAGAAGAGCACGAAAGUUGGUUUGUCCUUGGUGCUCAAGCAUUGAGAUGCAUAUCUUGGACCAUAGGGAUGUUUUUUCUUCAGUUUCGGUCGGUUGGAAUAACACGGAAGAAAUACAUGGCACCAAGUUAUGUUUGUGGCAUCAUUCUGAUCUUGAUUUCUCCUUUGUCCCUUUGCCAUCCUAACGUUAGCAUUUUAACUUAUUAUUUUGAUCUUCGGAGCCUGUUGUUAAUAAAUUCUGGUGAUUGAGACCUAUUGUGAAUCGUGUCAAAUGCAAUUGGUUGUCAGUUACAUUGUGUUCA